GCUACAUACGGGCCUACUGCCUGGCGCUUGACCGUGCUGGAUGGCCCUAUAAGUCGAGAAGCUAAGCUCUACUGACUACUCGUGUUCUGCAACUACAACGUGCCAGCGCGAAACUACAAACCCAAGUGACAAAGAAAGGCCUGGGAUUGUCCAGCACCUCGCCGACAGUGCAGCCAUGAAGGUAGAGCGCGACCUCCACAUGAGCCGUGGCGACGGCCAGACCAGCUACGCUUCCAACUCCAGGCUUCAGGAGAAGUCGAUACUGAAGACGAGGCCCGUGCUCCACGAGGCCGUGGCGGCCGCGCGCGCGUCGGCGUCGCUCUCCUCCGCCGGCGCGAUAGUCGUCGCGGACCUCGGCUGCUCGUCGGGGCCCAACACGCUCCUCGUCGUCUCCGAGGUGCUCGACGCGGUCGCCGCCGGCCGCCGGGAGGCGGAGCUGCUGGUGACGGGCGGCCAGCAACCGCCGCCGCCGGUGCAGCACGUGCAGUUCUUCCUGAACGACCUCCCCGGGAACGACUUCAACCUCGUCUUCCAGUCCCUGGAGCUGUUCAAGAAGCUGGCCGCAAGGGACAAGGGGGACUCCCUGCCGCCGUACUACGUCGCCGGGCUGCCGGGAUCCUUCUACACCAGGCUCUUCCCCGACCGCUCCGUCCACCUCUUCCACUCCUCCUACUGCCUCAUGUGGCGAUCCAAGGCACGCACAGAUUUAACCAAUCAACAAGUGGUACCUGAGGAGCUCGCGAGAGGCACGGUUCUGAACGAGGGCAACAUUUACAUCUGGGAGGCCACGCCGCCGUCGGUGGUGAAGCUGUACCGGAAGCAGUUCCAGGAGGACUUCUCGCUGUUCCUCAAGCUGCGUCACAAGGAGCUCGCGUCGAACGGCCAGAUGGUGCUGGCGUUCCUGGGCAGGAAGAACCAAGACGUGCUCCGUGGCGAGGUCAGCUACAUGUGGGGGCUACUUGCGCAGGCUCUUCAGUCCCUAGUCAAAGAGCGCCGUGUGGAGAAGGAGAAGCUGGACUCCUUCAACCUGCCGUUCUACGCGCCUUCGGUGGACGAGGUGCGGGACGUGAUCAGGCAGAGCGAGGCGUUCGACAUCAACCACAUCCACCUCUUCGAGUCCAACUGGGAUCCCCAUGACGACCUGGACGACAGCGACCUCGUGCUCGACAGCGCCCAGAGCGGCGUCAACGUCGCCCAGUCCAUCAGGGCUGUGAUCGAGCCCCUGGUCGCGCACCAUUUCGGCGAGCACAUACUCGACGAUCUCUUCGAGAUUUAUGCGCGGAACGUCGCGGCGCACCUCCGGAAAGUGAAGACCAAGUACCCGGUCAUCGUCCUGUCCUUGGCGGCGAGGCGCGCGCCGAAGUACCAAGCGAAUGGCGAUUGCUAUUCGCUUUUCGCACACGGCCAGUUUAUGUAGAAUAUCUGAAUAGAUAUGGUGUCAAGCUACUUAUACAAAAGUGCAGCUAUGGGGUGUGUGUGUGUGUGUGUGUGUGUGUGUGUGUGUGUGUAAAACAAUUGCGAGUAACAUCCCCAACAUCUAUCCCUUGUACUAUAGCUUUGAGGUCCAACGAAUUAUGGUAAUAAAAAACAAGAUCAGAACCUAAGCUAGAAGUCAAUAGAAGAAAUAAUUGAAGUAGUUCAGGGACUGCUAGUGGCAGAGAAUAGUUCCUCCACUGCUUCCUUUGGAUCUAGCUGGUUCAAUUUUACCAAAAUGUCGAU